AUGUCUGAUGACUACGUGAGCGGAUACGCCAUUCGCCGGAAUAACACAUGCGAGUCCAGUGAAACCCUCUGCACGAAAGGCGGCGCGACAUGGGGUGAUUAUCAGGCGUGUUGUCCAGGGAAUUCUUUCUGCUUUGACUCCGACACUGGUAUUCGCAAUAUCAUAUGCUGCGCAAAUCAAAACAACUGCACCGCGGUUGUCGCGGAGAAGCCGUCAUGUGCUGAUCAGAGCUGGAAUUUAUUCGACUGGGAUGGUUCUUUCUGCUGUGACCAGGGACAGUCGGGAUUUCAUGUUUUAGACAGAGUCUUGGUCGGUUGCUCCGAAGCAUUAAAGCCAGGAAAUGAUAGUUUUAUCGAUUUGGCAACAAUCUCGACGGGUACUGUUACCGCGACGUCAACAUCAAUGUCCUCUACUUCGACCUCAUCAUCGACCUCGUCACCAUCAAUCACAUCAACCUCAGCAGCGGAAUCAGAUAGCUCGAGCGGCUCCUCUACCAAUACGGGCGCAAUUGCUGGUGGCGUUGUCGGCGGCGUUGUCGGUGUAGCUGCUAUAAUUGCUAUUCUCUUUUUCUUCAUGCGACGCCGGAAGCAGCAAGACUACCAACCACAAGCUCAGGUAGAGUACGGGCAGCAUAGCCAACCACCAUCUUCUACAAUGUAUUCUGAAGUUGGAGAUGGUCUACCUCGAAAGGAGCUUGACGGCCAAACAAGAUCGGAGAUUGGUGGUACUCAUAUUAAAACACCACAAGAGUUGCCGGCAAGCCAUUAA